AUGGCCGUCCGCUCUUUUCUUUCGGCCCUCGCGGCGACGACGCUCGCGUCAGCUCAGAUCACGAUCGACGUGACUGAGACCCAUCAGGUGAUUCGCGGUCUCGGCUAUGCCGAAGCAUUCCAGCGGUCUCAAUGGGUGUACAAUACCAUGUCGGAGGAGAAGCAGCAGGAGAUGUUCGACCUCCUGCACGACCCUGUGACCGGCGCCGGCUUCUCCAUUUUGCGACUCGGUGUCGGUUCAUCUGCCAAUAACUCCAAGGACUGGAUGGUCAGCAUUCAACCAGAGUCACCAGGCACCCCUGACGCGGAACCGACCUACGUAUGGGACCGAAAUGACUCUUCCCAGGUGUGGUGGGCAAAGGAGGUGCAAAAGAGAGGGGUUAACCUCUUCUACGCGAAUUCUUGGGGAGCAGAUGCGUACAUGAAAGACACAGGGAGCACUGACAAUGGCGGUUAUCUCUGCGGCGUGACCAAUACAUCCUGUGAGACGGGUGACUGGCGCGAACAGUAUGCCAACAAGCUCGUCCAGUGGGUCAAAUAUUACGCCGAGGAGGGUAUCAACAUCACCCACCUGAACCCCCUGAACGAGCCUGAUAUCGCGGUUCCGUACGCUUCCAUGCAAGCAGACGGCCAGCAAACUACGGACAUUCUGGAGAAGCUCCGCCCAGCAGUUGACGAGGCGGGCCUAGACGUCAAGAUAACCUGCUGCGACUGGGCUGGCUGGGAGGACGGCAGAAAGAUCCUCAAGGGAAUCCAGGACACAGGUGGCGAGAAAUAUCUGGAUGUGGUCUCAGGCCACGGAUACGGCCAGCCGCUCUCGGACCCCUACGACACACCCCUGGAGGUCUGGCAAGGCGAGUGGGCCGAGCUCUCGAGCUACUUUGACCAGCCGUGGUACUCUGCCGAGGGUGAUCCGAAGGGCACUUACGGAGGUGGUGAAGGGAUUACCUGGGCCAAUAGAAUCCUUCACAGCUUUACUGUUUCAAACAUCUCGGCCUUCCUUAACUGGAUGGGAGCUCAACCGUCAAAUGCUGCGACCCCAGUGAUCCGAACGAUCAAUGAUACAAAUAUUUUGUCAAAGCGCUAUUGGGCGUAUGCUGCUUUUGGAAGAUACGCGCGCCAAUCCUCGUCUAGAGUGACAGCGACAUCCACAACCGACAAUGUCACAGUGGCGGCAUGGACCCCUCAAGAAGCAGCGUUCCCUGCAGGUGGCAACCUUGCCAUGCAAAUCAUUAACAAUGCUGACGAGGAGAAAAUCGUCCCAAUUACGAUUGAUAAACUAACAGACAUCACCAACUCGACUGCCUUGUUGCUGAAUAACGAGUUCGAUCUGGCUGAGAGCGAUUCCGUGGUUGAGAUUAAUGGCACAGCUAUCACGGCAACCAUUCCUCCCAGGUCACUCGUUGUUCUUGCUUUAGAUGCUGUUUGGCCGUGA